AUCUGGCUUUCUCCGAGGGACCUGAAGGCUGAUAGUGGUGCUUAUCACAGCGUCGACGCCCCAGAUAAAGAAGUCGCAACAGACCGGACCAGUGGGAAUAUCUCUAUAGCCAUAACACCCCGUUCUCUUCCUCUUUUUUCUGUGGGAGUGAAGUGAACGCCAUCCGUGUGUUUUCGGCGAAGGCUAAAUUUAAUGGCCAUCUGAUAAGUCCGUUACCUACAGUGUAAAGAACAAAAAAAUAUUAGGAGUUAAGCGGUCACAAAAAGUGUCGCCCCCUCCGAAAAAAGGCCUGAAAGGCAUCCUUGCAAUCUCCUGAGACGGAAUCUCGCUCAGGACACCCUUGGAAUUAUGACGAGUGGCUAGACACGUCAAACGUAGGGCAUGGCAUACCUCUUCAGUAGCAGCAGCUCCCCACAAAAAAAUUCUGCCCCUAGAAAAAAGUAAAUAAGACAACUAUACAAAAAGAAAGAAAAACAAAACACGAAGAAAGCAAAUGCACAGCCCCAAGUGAGUGUGUUUUAGCCCAGCAAAUCCAACUCCCAAGAGAAACAAAACCAUCUUUCCCACUUUCUCCGCCGGAAGUGUAAGGGAGUUUCACUUGUUCCCUAUGGCUCCUAAAAAGCCAUAGUUAACUGACUACAGGUAAUGGCCCUCUUCGCAACAAGCUCAUCUUCGAAAGCAAAGGCUGGAGCGCCUGCAAAGAGUCUUGCGGACUGCAGGUAUGAAGAGGAACAGGAGAUUCAGCAAGUGGCCUGGCGAUUUAUGAAGAAGCGAGAGAAGGCAAGGAAAGCGAAGGAAGAGAAGGACAGGGCCAAGGCGGAAAGGGAGCGCAUCAGGGCUGAGAAGAAGGCACUGAAGGCCCUGAAGAAGGCCAACAAAGACGCGGCUGUUCCACUCCUCGAGAGCGACUUACAGAUGGCUGGAGGAGGCCAGGCCGGCGAAGGAACGUCAGGGAACCAAGGCCCGAAGGACGCAAGGUAAGUCUCGGAAGAUUACAAAGAUCAUCUACUAUUCGGUACUUUAAUGUAAGUACUGUUAUUGCAAUAAAAAAGAGAUUUAUAUAUGAAUAAUGAAGCAAUAAAAUGAUAAAAACAAUUGUUUGAGUAAAUGA